GAUUCUGGCUACAGCUGGGACCCAGUUUGACCUUCGAACGCUGAGAGCCGUCCGUGUGCUGAGACCCCUGAAACUUGUCUCAGGAAUCCCAAGUUUACAAGUUGUCCUCAAAUCCAUCAUGAAGGCAAUGGUACCCCUUCUCCAGAUCGGUCUCCUCCUCUUCUUUGCCAUCGUGAUGUUUGCCAUUAUCGGUCUAGAAUUCUACAUGGGCAAAUUCCAUAAAGCUUGUUUUUCAAACGAAACAGGUGAGAGAUUGGGAGACUUCCCGUGCGGUGAAGACUGGCCUGCUAGGCGCUGUGAAGAAGGCACGUGCAAAAAAUACUGGGAGGGCCCCAACUUUGGGAUCACCAACUUCGACAAUAUCUUGUUUGCCGUGCUCACCGUCUUCCAGUGCAUCACCAUGGAAGGAUGGACCGAUAUCCUCUACAAUACCAACGACGCUGCAGGGAACAUGUGGAACUGGCUUUACUUCAUCCCCCUCAUCAUCAUCGGCUCCUUCUUCAUGCUCAACCUGGUCCUUGGUGUCUUAUCAGGUGAGUUUGCCAAAGAACGGGAAAGAGUUGAAAACCGGCGAGCUUUCCUGAAACUACGAAGACAGCAGCAGAUCGAAAGAGAGCUUAACGGAUACUUGGAGUGGAUCUUUAAAGCAGAGGAGGUGAUGUUAGCAGAAGAAGACAAGAACGCUGAAGAGAAAUCUCCCUUGGAUGUGCUAAAAAGAGCGACGAUAAAGAAAAGCAAAAAUGAUUUAAUCCAUGCUGAAGAAGGAGAAGAUCACUUCACAGAUGUUUGCUCUGUGGGGUCUCCGUUUGCCCGGGCCAGCCUAAAGAGCGGGAAGACUGAAAGCUCCUCCUACUUCCGUCGGAAAGAGAAGAUGUUCCGCUUUUUCAUUCGGCGCAUGGUGAAGGCUCAGAGCUUCUACUGGAUUGUCCUCUGUGUGGUGGCCCUCAACACUAUGUGUGUGGCCAUUGUGCAUUACGAUCAACCAGAAGGUCUCACUACCACCCUUUAUUUUGCUGAAUUUGUCUUCCUGGGUUUGUUCCUCACCGAGAUGACCCUGAAGAUGUACGGUCUGGGGCCAAGGAACUACUUCCAUUCCUCAUUCAAUUGCUUCGACUUUGGGGUGAUAGUCGGAAGCAUCUUUGAAGUCAUCUGGGCUGUGUUGAAACCUGGGACUUCUUUUGGCAUCAGUGUGCUGAGAGCUCUCCGACUGUUGAGGAUCUUCAAAGUCACCAAAUACUGGAACUCGUUGAGGAACUUGGUGGUCUCCUUGCUGAAUUCGAUGAAGUCCAUCAUUAGCCUGCUGUUCCUCCUCUUCCUGUUCAUCGUGGUGUUUGCCUUGCUGGGGAUGCAGCUUUUUGGCGGGCAGUUUCACUUCAACGACGAAACACCAACGACCAACUUUGAUACCUUUCCCACUGCCAUCCUCACUGUGUUCCAGAUUCUGACUGGGGAAGACUGGAACGCCGUGAUGUACCAGGGCAUCGAAUCCCAAGGGGGUGUCCAUUCUGGAAUGUUCUCCUCCAUCUACUUCAUUGUCCUCACACUCUUUG